AGUAUUUAUAAUUUUAUUUAUAAUAUUGAUCGGCACAAACCGAUAUGUGCCACGGAUUGAACCAGGCGCUGUGGGGAAUUGGAGUAGUGGGAAGGAUUUCAUUCCUCUCUGGAUAAGGCCAAGAGGUUUUACUUCAUCUGCGGCAACGGCCAGUGCUUCAAUGGGAUGAAAGUCUGUGUGGUUGUUCACCCUCUGCCGCCUCCACCCUCCGGCAGCCUUGGCCUGAACCAGACGCAUUCUGCUGCUGCUCCUCCUCCGGCGGCUCUGGGUUUUGUGGGUUUGACUCUCAGACAGGCCUUGGUUAUGGGAUUUGCUUCCCUCUGGUUUGGAUCUGGUUGGAUCUAGCUGUUUAGAGACCCACGACAAUAAAAAACAACUUUACCAAUUCCCAUAUUGCUUCUCUGUAUGUCUUCCCCCUUUCUUCUUACCACUACGAAACGUCCCAAUGAUCCUUUCUUCUUGAUUAGUCCCCUCCGCCCCAAUUCUCUCUUUCUUUUACCUGGCAAGAAUUACUAAAGUCGGCCUGAUCACAGCGGCGGACAUUGAACGAAAUGGCAUUAUUCGUUCCUAUUAUUUCCUUGGAAUUGAUUGAUUCCAGCCAGUCAAAGUUCGUUGGGUCGGUGGCGGUAGCUAAGCUAAUUGAUGACAUGGUCAGCACCAAUACCUACUAUUUGUUGCAGAAGCCCGCGUCGAUCCAAUCAGGUUUAGUUCCGCCUGUUUCCACCACCAAACAUUUUACGCCUUCAAUUCGGAGUUCAGACAACUUAGCACUCCUAUAUAGCUAAUACUCUUUUGCUUGCCGCAAAAAUCUCUUCCGCCUCUGAAACCCUAUCUUCACUAUAACAACGGCGCACCAUACAAACCUUUACUCCAAACUUCAAUGAAAAAUCACGAACCUGCACUUUGACACCAUCAUUCUCUUCCUUCUCCCGCCACCAAAUACGUCAACAGCGGUAUGUAUGAAAUUGCUUCAAAGUCUUCAUUGCAAUGUCUUCCUUCUAACGGAUUCUUCUUUCAUUGUCUAUUUUAUGCUUACUGUCUAUAAAAUUUUCAGACACAAAGCUUUGAUUAACAACAAUUGUUGCACUGAUGUUGCAGCAGAAUAUACUUCGGAUCAGAGAGAAAUUACAACAAUCAACACAAGUUAUCGACUCAUCUACUGAAAACAUAUCGUAGGUAAGUCUUCAACCACUCAAAUACUGCUUACAUUUAAACAUCAUAUGUAGGCAUGCGAUGACUAUUUUAAGGAUUCCUUAGUUGUUAUACAAUCAUGGACUCAACCAAUGAGGCAAGGGAUGAGCCACAACAAAAACGAAGGAAGUGUGGGAUUCUUAGGCCAUCGACGAAGCGACCUACACCAGAAACAGCAGAUAUGCCUUCAGCAACGCCAUUGCCAAAAAGAAGGAAAUCAGGGAUUGAUAGGCGCUCACGGUUGUUCGGUCUUACAUCCUCUAAUCCAUUCUCAUGUCCAGAACAACAAACUUCAGCAGUUGCCAUGUUCAUGGGCCAAGAAACGGAAAAUAAUGUGGAUACACAAAUGGAGAAUGAACCAGUCGCUUCAGUACAACAAAUUCCUCCUCUGCCACCAGUACUCAAUAAUAUCAUCCUUGAUUUGGGAUUACCUACCAUAGCUUGCACACACUGUGGUGCACGCUUUUGGCCGCAAGAACAAGUAAACUACCAUAGAAGAAGCAACUCACCAAUCUUCACAUUGUGUUGUCAGCAAGGAAAAAUUCAGCUGCCACUUCUUAAGUCGACACCGCCUUUUCUGGAUAAGCUUCUUGAUGUCAACGGCGAUUCAAUGUCCACUCACUUUGCGAAGCAUCGACGACCAUACAAUGCUGCGUUCUCAUUUACAUCAAUUGGUGCACAACUUGAUCCACGACUAUUCAGUUCUAGAGGACCCUACUCACUGGUAAUAUGUGGUGAGAACUAUCAUCGAAUAGGUUCUUUAUUACCACCUAUUGGACAAAGACCGAAAUUUGCUCAGUUAUACAUCUUUGAUCCAUCUACAGAAGUUGAAGACAGGAUGGCAAACUUCUCAAAUAAUGACAACGUAUUGCUACCAGAAAUUGUUGAGGGGCUGAUACAAAUGCUAGAUGAGACAAAUGAGUUGGUACGAAGCUUCAGAAGAGUAAGACAAUGUCUACAGGAUCCUGCAAAUGAAAAUCUGCGCUUGAGAAUAGUGGGUUCUAGAAUACAAAAUGCAAGACAGUAUGAAUUACCUACUGGGGAAGAAGUUGCAGGCCUUAUUCCUGGAGAUUUCCAUCCUGAGAAACGCGAUAGAGAUAUUAUUGUUGAACACAGAAGUGAAGGCCUAAGAUGUAUAACGAGUUUGAACCCCAAAUAUGAUGCAUUACAUUUUCCUCUACUCUUUCCGUAUGGAGAAGAUGGCUGCCAUACAGGCAUAUCAUAUGCUCAAGAAGUACUUAAUCUAUCAGCACAUAGAAAGUGCAUGACUCAAAGAGAGUACUAUUCUUUUCGUCUGCAACAUCGAGACAGUGAAGGAACUACACUACUUAGGGGUGGGAAAGUUCUACAGCACUACAUCAUAGAUGCAUUCUGCUCGAUUGAAAAUAAUCGACUACUAUUCAUCAGGAAAAAUCAGGAUGUAUUACGAUCAGAGAUAUUUCAAGGAUUAUAUGAUGCAUUCCAAGCAGGUGAAGUAACAGGUAAAAAUUUAGGCCGGAUUAUAUUACCUUCUUCAUAUACAGGGAGUCCCCGAUAUAUGAAACAAUUGUACCUGGACGCAAUGGCGAUCUGUCAGUAUUUUGGAAAUCCAGACCUGUUCAUUACAUUCACCUGCAAUGCCCAAUGGCCCGAAAUAGUACAUGCAUUCGAGAAUACAGUCGAACUUCGAAGUGAAGAUAAACCACAUAUAGUGGAUAGAGUAUUCAGAAUGAAGUUGAAAGCUUUGAAGGACCGCAUCGUUAAGGAGAAAUUCUUUGGUACAACUGUGGCAGAUUUACAUACCGUGGAGUUCCAGAAAAGAGGCCUUCCUCAUGUGCAUAUUCUGGUGUGGCUAGCAGACUCGGAUAAGCCCAAAGACAUUGCAGAUAUUGAUAGAAUAAUUAGUAGUGAGAUACCAGACCCAUCUAUUGAUCCAGUCGGCUAUGAAGCAGUCAUAAAAUUCAUGUUACAUGGGCCAUGCGGUCAAGCAAAUACUUUAUCGCCUUGCAUGAAAGAUGGCCGUUGUUCAAAGCAUUUCCCAAAAGCUUUUACCUCAGAGACUAUAUAUGACCGGUUCGGGUACAUUGUCUAUAAAAGAAGGGAUACUGGAAUUUCAGUUGAAAAAGGAGGAACAAAACUUGAUAAUAGAUAUGUUGUCCCAUUCAACAGAGACCUUUUAGUAUGGUUGCAGGCACAUAUUAAUGUGGAAAUUUGCCACAAAGGAAGGCUGAUCAAAUACCUCUUCAAGUACCUUACUAAAGGACCUGAUAGAUCUUUGGUACAAGCUACAAACACAAAUUCCAGGUCAGUAGAUGUGCAACCUCCUAUUGAUGAAAUUAAACAGUAUCUGGAUUGUCGUUAUUUGUCAUCCUAUGAAGCAGCUUGGCGGAUCUAUGAAUUUCCAAUACAUGAAAGGACGCCAUCAGUGUUACGGCUUUGCGUGCAUCUCAAAAAUCAGCAUGUCGUCCCAUAUAAUGAGGAGGAACCUUUGGAAGGGGUACUGCAGCGUAAAGGAGUGGAAAAUACUAUGCUAACCCAGUGGUUCAAGCUUAAUAGAACUGAUCCAAGUGCUAGAACACUUACCUAUGCUAAAAUACCAAACAAAUAUGUUUGGGACUCUAGAAAGCGUGAUUGGUUUUUGAGGAAAAGAGGAUUCCAGAUUGGCAGAAUAGUAUACAUCCCUCCAGGGGUUGAUGAUGUGGUCUAUUUGAGAAUGCUUUUAACAAAAGCUAGAGGUGCUAAAAGCUUCAGAGACCUUAGGAAGGUGAACAAUGUGGUAUGUCGCACAUAUAAAAUCGCAUGCCAAAAAUUGGGAUUACUUUCAACAGAUCAAGAGUGGACAGCUGUGUUGCAAGAAGUCUGUCAAUGGGGGCAGCCGUCUUUAAUACGCUCUACCUUUAUUUCUUUGCUCAUGUUCUGUGAAAUUACAGAACCACUUGAUCUGUUUCAAAAAUAUUGGGAACACAUGGCAGAUGACAUGGCUUAUACAGCUCGACGACAAAGCUCUUCCGUAUACUUCGAUCCACCAUCAAGCUCUUUGCAAAAUUCUGUACUACUUGAGCUACAACGACUUCUCAGUUACUAUUCUACCACUUUACAGCAUUUUGGCCUACCAACACCAGAAUUGAGUGACUGUGACUAUACUAUGAAUAGUCUCAUUGCUGAACAGCUAGAUUAUGACAUCAAUGAACAGAAUUUGAGAGCUACUUCACUGUUGCAGUCAUUAAAUGAAGAGCAAAGGUACGCAUAUGAUGUUGUUUACAAUUCGGUGCUUUCGGCACAAGGAUCACUAUUUUUCCUCUAUGGUCAUGGCGGUACAGAUGCAACAACAGCCCAUUCAAGGUUUAAAAUACCUCUUGACUUAGAUCAUACUUCUACUUGCGCUGUUAAGAAGGGGACACAUCUUGCUCAACUAAUACAAGAGGCGGCUCUUAUAGUUUGGGAUGAAGCUCCAAUGACACAUCGAUUCUCUUUUGAGGCAAUGGAUCGAACAUUCUGUGACAUCAUGAACACCCCAUUGAGUGGAGAGGGUUACACGCCUUUUGGGGGGAAGUGCAUUCUUUUGGGUGGCGAUUCAAGGCAAACGUUACCUGUUGUUGUUGAUGGGGGCCGCGAACAAAGUAUUGAUUCUUCUCUAACAAGAUCGCAUCUCUGGCCACACUUCAAGGUCUUGCCUUUGACAGUCAACAUGAGAAUCAACUCCAACCCGAACAACCUUCUACCACUAUAUGAAGGGAGAACAUUUCAAGACUGGGUGUUGGCUAUUGGCAAUGGAACGAUCAAGCAAACAAAAUUCGAAUCAUCUACUUUCACAGACUGGAUACAACUACCAGAUAAGUUUCUCAUCCCUCAUACAGGAAACAAGAUUGAAGCAAUUACUGAUGUCGUUUAUAAUGAUUUUAUGGCUAACUAUGAAGAUGCCGGGUAUAUUCAGAAUCGAGCUAUAGUAACGCCUACAAAUCGCACGGUUUCGGAGAUUAAUGCCUAUAUGUUAGAUAAACUCAAGGGUCGUGCCACGACAUACUACAGUUCUGAUUCCCUCGAAGGUGACACAGCAAACAAGAGUAACUUAGAAGAAGAAUAUCCAACUGAAUUCUUGAACAACUUAUCAUUCAACGGUGUGCCAGAACAUGAAAUACAAUUGAAGGUCUCAACUCCAGUGAUCCUUCUUCGUAAUCUGAAUCCAUCUAUUGGCCUUUGCAACGGGACAAGGAUCAUGAUAACACAUUUGGGUGAAAAUGUGAUUCGAGGUGAUAUUAUUGGAGGAUCAUAUGACAAGACAACAGUUGCUAUUCCUAGAAUUGUGCUCAAUGUCACUCAACAUCGCUGGCCAUUCAUCUUAAAGAGGAGACAGUUUCCAAUUAGGUUGUGCUAUGCAAUGACUAUAAACAAGAGUCAAGGACAAAGCCUCGAUAUAGUGGGUGUUUACUUACCAAAGCCGGUGUUCAGUCAUGGACAACUAUACGUAGCUAUUUCACGAGUUCGGUCGGCUGAUGGUCUACAUAUACUGGUUGACAAUGACGGAGAAAUUCCACAAUCCUACACCAGAAAUAUAGUAUAUGAAGAAACUUUUUUGGAUGUCAAUGCAACAACUGAGUCUCAUACAGAAGCCAUGGAAAUUGAUAGGGACGAGCCCAGACAAUAACCAGCAUGAAAAUGAUCUCCUUUCAAUCCAUCAUUGAUGUUUCCUAAUGCAUUUUAUGCGAGAUGUGUUGUAUUGCCUUAGCCACCUAGACCUUUUUUUAAUGGUUUGUAGAGUUGCUACUAUGUAGAUCAGCAGGCUUUAUGCUCUUAUUUCUUCUGUGGUAUCAUUUGUUAGAAGUGCAGGUACCUUCUGCCCACAAAUAUAAUUUUAUUAGUACGGAGUUUGGACUUUAUUUGUUUCAUGAUCAUUUGUUUAAAGGAUAAAACUAUGCUUAAGUA